UCUGUUUUGCAGAAUCUUUUCAUCAUGGGUUUAAGUAGUGUGCUUGGCAACAGGAACGCAAACCGUACAUGAUGUAACGUUAUGUAAUUAAACCGGUCCAGAGUGCAACUUACUUCAUGUGUCCCAGUCUUUAGUCAGUACUUUAGGGUAGAAUUGUAGGAUAGAAAUUAACCCAAGCCAGACUGCAGGACUACAACUCGCUCAGCUGGAAAAGGACGAAAUGAGCUCAGGCUGAUGGGACGGACACAUCCAAUAUAUUUACACAGCAGCUUUCCCCAGAGGUGAGCAGACGCUCAGCAAGACAUUCAGCUCUGUGAUUCUCAGGAGCAACAAGAAGGGGCUGGGUUUCAUUUUCAAGGAGGAAUUACACCAUCUGCAGCUCCACACAGGGAAGAGAUGUAAACAACAGGUCCUGCGUAGAGGAUGUGUGUAUAUAUCAUACAGCGUACUGUUAGUGUCUGGUUAUGAUUCCAAGGUGUUGCAGGUUUCUGUCAAGUAACGUCGCUGAUUAUGGCUGUGAAACUGUUGAGGAGCAACGACAGAAGAUUCAGUCCAUGAACAUUGUGCAGCCCGCAACAAAUGUAAUAGUGCAACCAUCUAAGCCAUCCAGUGCCGGGAACAGAGGAAUUACAGAGACGGCUCAGCCUUCCUCCCAGCCCACAACUGCCAAGACGUCUUCAGAAACACACGCCGUAGACGCCACCCCGGCCCUGCCUGAGCUUCUAGGAGACAUACCUUUCACUUUAGCACCACACAUUCUGGCCAUGCAGGCAGGCCUGCCCUUUGUCACAGAUAUCACCUUGCCUCACGACAUAAAUGACAAACUAGCCAACUUUCGUUAUGACUUCACCUUGGAGAACUCAGUUCUUUGUGAGCCGUGACUCUUUGCAUAUCAGUUAUAUUGUUGACACGUGAUGUACUAUGAGACUUCGGUUGUCAAGAUUCUCUUUUGCCUCUUCAGAUCUAGUAUAGCUGACAAAAUCAGUCACUGACUAAAGGGUGUUGGGCUCAAAUGAACAUAUUGUCCUGUUAGUUUAAAUAAGUUAGCAUCAAGACGGUUUACAGUCUCUCAGGAUCUCGCACUCGAUCGUGCGAGAGGAGCGUCACAGCUUUGUUUUAACGCAGUAGACGCGUACAACCUGCGGCUUUACAUUUUUCAAAUGUAGUUCAAAUUUUACGGGUGUAAAAUCUGUGCAAUUUUGACUCUGUGGGGUCCUGUAGCAUGAGAUGAUAUGCUGAACCGAAAUAGGGUUGUUUUGAAACUGCUAUGUUUCUUAGAAGUUGCAUUAGGCUGCAACCCUGUCUGUGUUUGCCUUCCUCAGUUUUUUCUUACUUCUGCAAAGACUCUAUAAUUUAUGAAAUCGGUUUUGACAUUUGCUUGCACAUCAUGAACUAAAAGCUGUCGUGAUGCACAGGAGAAUUAUUUUAUAGUAAUCUAUCUUUUCAACAUACCACAAUAGAGGUAUUAAAUGAAAAAACAAAUUAUAUUUUAAAAAUAUAUAUUAAAAUGCAAUCAUAAUGGCCUUUUGGCUAGUCCACUAUUUACUGUAACUCUACAGUCAGUGCUAAUAAACCAUUAAGGUGAAGCAAAAACGUUUCUCUUUAUGCUAUUGGUCAGUCAGUGGCUUAAACUGUCGCUAUUGGUUAAGUCAUUGUUGCUGUGCCAGGUUGGCAUGCUUAACAGAACAAUAUCGUGAUAGUGAGGUAGUGUUUGGACUUUAGAAUGUUGUUACUUGUAGUUGUCUCUGCAUAUCAAGCUGGGAUAUGAAGUAUUUUUACAUCACAAAGAUCACUUUAAGUUACAGGUUGCACUUAAAAUCAAGACAAUGCAGUUCUCAUUAUAAAUAGGCCAAUAUCUCUUUGUAGAAGUGUGCUUUUUGUUCUUUUGUUGGUAUGAAUAUGCAUACCUCGACUGAUGUUGUUUGGUUUUAAUGCAUGACGUUUUGAAGAUCUGUCUACACAUGACACACCCCGUUUUAGGAGGCAGAUAUGUAUUCUGAACAAAGUUUGAUUGCAAAAACAUGCAUAUGGGUUUUAGUAGGAUUUACUGUUCUGUUUGAAUAGGCCACGUGGUUGUUGCGCAGUUUUUUUCGGUUUCUUUCAUCUGGAUUUCAGUUCGUGAAUGGGUAUCAUAGUGCGUGCUGCUAUUUACACAAAUGCACUCAGGAGUUUCGCUGUGUCUCCUUUACAUCCUCUGUACUUUACUUGAUAGCGGUUUCGUUUAUUUACUCAAUACCACUCAAAUCUCACUUUUGGUUAUUAAAAAUAUGUAUACUUUUAUUAGUCUGUUUUGACGUGUCUGUCUUUUCGACAUGGUUGUUUCAUCUAUGCUUCCUCCUAUGUAUCUGACCUAUCCUUUUCAAAACACUGUAUUGAAAUAAUCAAGUUUGCAUUGUGCUGUGUUUGCUUUAAAAAAUGUCUGUAUGAUAAUUUAAUGCCACUUCUUCAGGUAAAUAUUAUGCCAUCACCUUAACCUUUGUUGGAUGCUUUAUUGAUUCAUAUCUGGAGCAGAAUUUAUCACUGAUUUUGAUCCCACAUGAUGUUUAUGCUAAAUUCUGAGCAUGAGUGCAAUGUAAUAUGAUGUUGUUUCAUUAAAACCUUAUUUGAUAGCA